UAAUAGUGGGGGAAGAUCUCCCUAUCGACGACGCUCAUCUCACCGUCGUUUGCCUAGACAAAAGAGAGUCACCGUCCUCCUCCGCCUUCUCAUGGCCGGUCCCUGCCUCCGCCACUCGCCCACUCCCUGCCCCUAGUCCCGAUCUCGCGCCGUCGGCCACCGAUCCUGCCCCUAGUUCCGAUCCUAGUCCCAGCCGUCUCCCCCAUACCCCAACCGCCUCCCCCAUACCCCAGCCGCCUCCGCUCAUUCCUCCCCGCGCAGAGCCGCGGCGGCCGCCUGCCAACGCCGGGACGGACUACUGGUCAGCAGGUUCAGUCCAGGACGCGGCUGGUACAGUGACACCUGGAGCCCUGCCGCUCCACUGAACUAGCGAUCCGAAGGAGCGGACGGGCGCACACCAGGUGUUCGAGGGAAUGCACCUCUGAAACGCCUUCCCCACUUAGCCUCCGGGAGACGAACGAGCAGAGUUGAGAAUGACGUUCGGGUCUGUCAUCGAGAGGAAUGUGGCGCAGCCACUCAUGAGGCUGGUCACCAUGGGCGGUGCACCGAUCCUGCAGCAGCUCCACCUGGAGGAAAGGCUGCUGCGCCGCACCAGCGAUAACUGGUGCAUCGUCAAUGAUGGCACGGCUCCUCCCACCAUUGUCAUGGGUGUCUCUGGGAAGGUCUCUGAGCUCGUCGAGAUACGGCCUGUGCUUCGAGAUCAUGUGCCAGUGGUAAGGCGUUUCAGUGGGGGUGGCACCGUCAUUGUUGAUCAGGGGACAGUUUUCGUCACCUUCAUAUGCAACAAGACUGCCAUCGCUGGGUUGCAGCCGUUUCCCCGCGACAUCAUGUCAUGGACAGGCCAGCUGUAUGGUAAAGUGUUCCGUGGAUUCGGCGAAUUUCAUCUGCGGGAAAAUGACUAUGCAUUCGAUCAUCGAAAGUUUGGUGGAAAUGCUCAGUCCAUAACAAAAGAUCGUUGGGUACACCACACAUCAUUCUUAUGGGAUUAUGAUGUGAAAAAUAUGGGUUAUCUAAAAAACCCACAACGUGCUCCUGAAUAUCGCCAGGCGAGGGACCACUCAGAUUUCCUGUGCCGCAUGAACGAGUACAUGCCAUCACGGUCAGUUUUCACUGAAGGGAUUACCGCGGCCCUCGGAGACCACUUUACGGUCCAACACACAGAGCUAGAAACAGCGCUCCCCGAAGACCACGAUGACUUCAUGCCUUCUACGAAGAUCAUUGUACGCGGUCCACAUACUACGCACCGUCGCACACAAUUUGUUGAACAUGAUAGUUUGCCCAUGAACACGCACGGUUCUUGAAUUUCAAUUGUGUGUGUUAUCUCGACUUAUCACACGCGUGUUUCGAACGAACUGUGAGCAUCAUUCUGUA